AUGAUCAACACUCAGAACUAUCCCGUCCCAGCCUCGGGGAACACUAAAGCGAGCUCGGGCUGUGGAUCUUCAUUGCCAGUCGGAAUCCAGUUGGGAGGCUCUUCUACCACUUUCAACAUCACAUCCAAUGGCGUAGUCAGGUCUUUCAACGUCCACGUACCUACCUCAUAUAAGAACAACAAGGCCGCACCUCUCAUUGUUGCUUACCACGGGCGAUCAAACAACCAACUGUCAGUCGAAAGCGACUCGCAGCUAUCAAGCGAGACUUGGAAUCCUUACGCUAUCUCUGUAUAUCCACUAGGCAUAAAUGUAAGUUUCGGCGCUCUCGAACAAUGGGAAGGUGAUCCAGCUACUGUAGGAGGUAACUACGACGACCUGGGCUUUACCAGCGACUUGCUCGAUUAUAUGUCGUCUAAUUACUGUAUCGACACAAGCCGCAUACUGGCUUCUGGCUUUUCCAAUGGUGGAGGAUUUGUCGGUACUCUGGCCUGCGAUCCAACACUUUCUAAGCGCUUUAGCACUUUCGCAGCAAAUUCUGGAGCAGAGUACACCAACACGACAGGCACCUGCAAUCCCCCGACCGUUUUUACAAACACUAUCACACAACCGAUCUGCUCACCAGGUCGAUCAAACCUCCCAAUGCUCGAGUUUCACGGCGAUGCGGACGGCACAAUUCCCUAUCCUGGUGGACCCCGUCGAGGUUAUUGUUUGCCAGCUGUACCACAUUGGGUCACAGAUUGGGCGAUCAGAGAUGGACUGUCCAGCUCAAACAGCACCACAUCUUUGGCGGGUGGUAACGUGACAAAGUACGAGUUUGGUGCUUCGAAGGGUGUGCAGGGAUUGGUGACACAUUACAAGGUCGCUGGAUGGGGUCAUGCUUGGGUCAGCAUCAAUGCUGGAGCACCAAUUGACGCUACGCCUAUUGUGAUGGAUUUCUUCUAUGCUCACUCUGGAUAG